CGGCCAGGGCGCAGCCUGCAGGCUGGACCGGCCCCGCCUCGGCCGCCGCGCUCGUCGCCCCGUCCUCCGCCCCGCGGCGCAGGUGAGCCUGGGGUGGGGAACAGGAGGAGCAGGAAGUCACCUGAAGGUCCCCAGAAAGCCAUGGCACAGAUGGAUCUGGAAGCUCCCUGUGGUGCUGCCCUGGCAGUUUCUGCUCGCUUGAAGCAAAGUCCUCGUGAGGAUUAAUUCUCGGCACAGAACGCCGGGGCCUCUUAGGAAGGACACGGUACCGGGACCCUGUGGCCACUCAGCAUGUCCCAGCGGCACUCGGAUAGCUCCUUGGAAGAGAAGCUCCUGGAAUACCGCUUCCACUCGGAGCUGCGGCUCGAUGCCAAGGGCUACCCGGCGUCCGGGCUCCCGAUGGUCCGGGGCUCCCUGCGGGUCACGGACAAUGCCGGCUUCCAGCCUGACACCCCAGCGUCCCCUCCUCCCCCGCCUCCAUCCCCUGAAGACCAGGCACCGCGGGCCAUCGUCCUGAGCACGCAGAGCCCCGCGGCCCUCAAGAUGGGCACCCAGCAGCUGAUUCCUAGGAGCCUGGCCGUGUCGAGCAAGGCCAAGGCCCCGGCCCGCCACCAGAGCUUUGGGGCGGCCGUGCUCAGCAAGGAGGCCACCCGGCGGGACCCCCAGCUCCUCUCGGCCCCCAGCUUCUCCCUAGACGACAUGGACAUGGGUCCCGGGGGGAUGCUUAGACGAAACCUGCGGAACCAAUCCUACCGGGCGGCCAUGAAGGGCCUGGGAUCGCCGGGCAGUGAGGGCGGUCCCGUCCAGCUCAGCCCCAAGCUCCAGUCUCUGGCUGAGGAGCCCAGCCCACCGUCCACUCGGUGUCCAGCCAAAAAUAAGAGGACGCUGGGGCGGAAACGUGCACACAAGGGCUCCUUCAAGGAUGACCCCCGGUUCUACCAGGAGAUCCGGGAGCGGGGCCUGACUACCAGCCAAGAGUCAGAUGAUGAGCCCUCCAGCCCCGAGGGAGCCCAAAAGGUGGACGUCCCCAUCGUGGUCAAGAGCUACCGGCCCCCCCAGGUCACCUGGAGCCAGCUCCCCGAGGUGGUGGAGUCGGGCAUCCUGGACCAGCUGCCAGCAGAGGAGCGCAAGAGGCAAGAGGCCAUCUUCGAGAUCCUCACGUCUGAGUUCUCCUACCAGCACAGCCUGGGCAUCCUGGUGGCCGAGUUCCUGCAGUGCAGAGAGCUGCGGGCGACCAUGACCCAGAUGGAGCACCACCACCUCUUCUCCAACAUUCUGGAUGUCCUGAGCGCCAGUCAGAAUUUCUUCGAGGACCUGGAGCGGCGGCACAAGGCACAGGUGUGUGUGGAGGACAUCAGUGACAUCCUGGAGGAGCACGCCGAGAAACACUUCCACCCCUACGUCGCCUACUGCUCCAACGAGGUUUACCAGCAGCGCGCUCUGCAGAAACUGACAAGCAGCAAUGCCGCCUUCCGUGAGGUCCUGAGGGAGAUCGAGAGGCGGCCCGCGUGCGGGGGCCUGCCUAUGAUCUCCUUCCUGAUCCUGCCCAUGCAGAGGGUGACUCGGCUGCCCCUCCUGACGGACACGCUCUGCCUCAAGACCCAGGGCCACCCCCAGAGGUACAAGGCUGCCAGCCGCGCACUUAAGGCCAUUAGCAAGCUGGUGAAGCAGUGCAACGAAGGGGCUCACAAGAUGGAGCGCACGGAGCAGAUGUACACGCUGCACACCCAGCUGGACUUCGGCAAGGUCAAGUCCCUCCCGCUGAUCUCGGCCUCCCGCUGGCUGCUGAAGCGCGGGGAGCUCUUCCUGGUGGAGGAGACUGGGCUUUUCCGGAAACUCGCCAGCCGGCCCACCUGCUACCUGUUCCUCUUCAACGACGUCCUGGUGGUCACCAAGAAGAAGAGUGAGGACAGCUUUCUGGUCCAGGACUACGCGCAGGUAGACCACAUCCAGGUCCAGAAGAUGGAGCCCUCGGAGCCCUCUCUGCCUGGGGGAGGCAACCGCAGCUCCUCCGUGCCCCACCUCUUCCAGGUGACCCUGCUGCACAACAGUGAGGGCCGCCAGGAGAAGAUCCUGCUGUCCUCGGACUCCGCGAGUGACCGGGCCCGGUGGAUCACGGCACUCACGCACAGAGAGCGGCAGGGGCAGGGCCCCACCAACAAAGGAGACCUGCUCCAGGUGGAGAUCACCAAGGCCUACUUGGCUAAGCAGGUGGAUGAGAUCACGCUGCAGCAGGCAGAUGUGGUCCUGAUCCUGGAGCAGGAGGAUGGAUGGUUCUACGGUGAGAGGCUGCGGGAUGGAGAGACAGGCUGGUUCCCCGAGGACUUUGCCCGGUGCAUCACCAGCCGCGUGGCCGUGGAAGGCAACGUGCGCAGGAUGGAGCGCCUGCGGGUGGAGACAGACGUGUAGCCAGGGCGUGCACUUUGGGAGGCCAGGCUGCGGCGGCAGCAGCUUCAAUUCAUACUCCAGCAGUGGCCGCGUCCAGCUCCGAGGAGUAUGG